AUGUACCUAUUAGAUCCAACAAUCUCUUGUUUUCUUCCUAUCAAAUUAUUGUUGACUGCUGAUAGGCCUAAUAGCCACUACUGUGUGCCAACAUGUAAGCCCGGAGCCUCCCCAAAAGUGGGUCGGGCCGAAUUAGCUCAUAGCCCAAUGCCUUGGAACAAGACCCAGUCGCUUGGAGACGUGACCAAUUCAAAGGUAGAAGUUAACAGUGAGCCCUGA